AAAUUGAUUCCAAGCGACAAAUCCGAAACUACCCAUUAUUCUUCAACUCCCUAUUUGCAUGCUCCAAACACCUUUGAACAAGACGUAGCUGUGGUUUCUAUGACUCAUUUCGACGACUGAAUUGAAAUUUUGGAUAUGAGCUCGUCUGAGAAAGAGCUCGAGGAGCAGCUUAAGGAGGUCGGGACUGAGCUCCUAAACCCUCCUUCUUCCACUGAUGCGCUUCUCAAAGCUCUCGAUAAAGCUGAGUGUCUAUUAACAAAUGUGGAGCAAUCGCCAACGAAAUCUAUGCGUGAUGCACUCCUGCCCUUGAUGAAAGCGUUAGUUUCCGAUAAGCUUAUGAAGCACUCAGACGAGGAUGUCAAGGUUACCGUAACAUCCUGCAUUACCGAAAUAACAAGAAUUACAGCGCCAGAUGCCCCUUACGAUGAUGAGAAAAUGAAGGUUACUUUUCAGUUGACUUUAGAAGCUUUUAGAAAGUUGUCACAUAUGUCGGGUCGUUGUUAUACAAAGGCUUUAUCCAUUCUUGACGCUGUUGCAAAGGUCCGUUCGUGCUUAGUGAUGCUGGAUCUGGAGUGUGACAGUUUGAUUCUCGAGAUGAUCCAGAGUUUUCUAAAGAUCAUUAGGUCCAACCAUCCACCUGCUGUUUUUUCAGCCAUGGAAGCAAUUAUGACUAAUGUGUUAGAUGAGAGUGAAGAAAUCUCAUCGGAUCUUCUCAGGCCUAUUUUAGUUAGUGUCCGAAAGGAAAAUCAGGAAGCAGGUUCUAUUUCGUGGAAAUUGGGAGAAAAGGUUAUGUCUAACUGUGCUACUAAGCUCCAGCCUUAUCUUAUGGGUGCGAUUCAGUCUCUCGGUGCUUCAUUGGAUGACUACGCUCCUAUAGUUGUUUCUAUAUGCCAAAAUGGAACGGUUAACAUUGAUGCUGGGAAUCAUUUGGAAAAUGGAAAGAGCGAAGAGAAGACGAUGAAUUCAAACGAGCCGACACUGGUGACGGAGAGGCAUACACCAAAUGCAAGUAUUGAAGAGAAUCCUCAAACCGAUGCUGCUUCAGAAUCAUUGAUAUCCAAUGGUAUAGAUGCAGCCAAGAAUGACAACACAAUCAAGGCGUCCUCGAGAAAAUCACAAAAACAGAGUAAGCAAUCAAAAACGACAGAAACUGAAGAACCUGACAGUUUAGACUCUGUACCAAAGAAACGAGGCAGGAAACCGAACUCCUUAAUGAAUCCAGAUGAAGGCUAUGAUCAUUAUUGGAUUGGAAAAGGACGGGAAAAGUUCAGGCUAUCCAAUCGCAGAAAGUCUAAUGUCGAAGAAACUAAUUUUUCUCCUGUACGACGAAAAGUAAGAAAGGUUUCUUUGCCAACAGAGGUAGAAAAAGAGUCUUCACAUGCUGAAGAGAAACGUACACGAUCUGAAAACGAAGCGGUAAAUGAGAACAUGAAAAAGGAAGAAAAAGCUCAGGCGAGUUCGAGGAAAUCUAAAGUUGGUAAGGCUCGGAAGGAUAAAGGAACUAAAUUUUCUUCCGUAAGCCGAGGUGAAAAGGCUUCUUUGUCGACGAAGGUAGAAGGGGAGUCCUCUGCACAUGCUGAAGAGAAACAUAUACAAUCGGAAGACGAAGUGGUGAACGAGAACAUGAAAAAGACAGAAAAAAAAGCUCAGGCGAGUUCGAGGAAAUCUAAAGUUGGUAAGUCGAGGAAGAAAAAAGUACCUAAAUUUUCUUCUGUAAGCCCAAGACUCGAAACGGCUUCUUUGUCAACAGAGGUAGAAAAGGAGUCUUCCGCACAUGCUGAAGAGAAAUGUAUACGAUCUGAAGACGAAGUGGUAAACGAGACCAUGAAAAUGAUGGAAGAAAAGGCUCCAGCAAGGUCAAGGAAAUCUAAAGUCGUUGAAUCCGAGAAGGAUAAAACAACCCUCGAUCCUGGAUGUGUUGUUUCAGAAGAUACUUCCGAUUACAAGGAAAAACGAUCGGUGCAUUUGGUUAUGAAGUUGAGAGCGAAGAGCACCGAUGGGGAUGAAUCAGCAGCAGACCGAAAGGGUGUUAUCGUGAAAUCUCCGGAUACUAAUAUGGAUAGAAAUGUUCAUAAAUCAUCAACCUGUGAGGUGAAGGAUUCGAGAUCUGCCAAGUUAAAUGGCGAUGAUUACUCGGAAGAAACGGUUUCUUCCCAGGAAAAAGCUACAAGGAAGCACGCCAUCGUGGAAAAUGAGGUAAUAGACGUAUUAAGUGCUGGAGAGGAACUGGUUGGUCGGAGAAUAAAGGUUUGGUGGCCCCUGGACCGGAAGUUUUACGAAGGCAUUAUUCAAAGUUUUGACCCUGUUAAGAGAAAGCACAAGGUGUCGUAUGAUGACGGUGACGAAGAACUAUUAAACCUCAAAAAGCAAAAAUAUGAGCUAAUUGGAGAUGAGGAGACGGGUGUCCCGAAAUCCGAAGCUUCGUUGGAUAUCGUAGACCUCGAAAGAGGAAAGGGAAAAUCAAGUCGGAAUCGAACAAGAACGAAAAGACCAGUUUUCCGGCCAAAAGGGGUAGACCCAGGAAAAAACCUCAAGUUGAAUCAGCAAAGUCGACCGAGAAAGCUGCCGAUACUUCCAUGCUCAAGAAACCUGUUAUUACCGAUGAAUCAAUGGACGAUUCUGGGAGCAUCAAUGGUUCGAAAGGAAAUGAUAAAAAGCUUAUAGACCUGAUAGAAAACAAUAGACUAAGGAUUAGCUUAAAGUCGAAGCUGAAUGCAGGCCGGGAUUAACGCCCCGGAAACAAAGCAGAACCUCUGGGAUUAAGAAUUUAGCAGUAUUAGAGGUACGAGUCGUCGUCAGCAUACCGUCGUUUUGGGCGUUAGGAAAGACCAUAGAUCAGCUUAGUUCCUUUGUUUGUGUCAUUAGAAGUAGAAAAGAAAAACAGUCUUUGAUCUAACCAGUCUUGUAAACAGUACAGCCAUCAUAUAUAAACACCUCCAUGCCUAAAUCAGUUGCAGAAUGAUAGCAAAAGCAGACAGUUUUGUGUCAAAGCUUGACCUUCCUGACAUGUGCAGAUAAUGUAAGUUAUGAUAUUUGAUAUACAUUGACAGAUCCUAUGCUGAAUUUUUUGUACC